AUGUCUGGUAUCGCAUCGUCUACUCUGAGGCAGGCCUCACGCCUCGCCUCUAGGCCUCCUGUUUCUGCGGCUCCUCUACGCAGGAUCCAGGGAUUGUCGAGGACCGCACCAGCUGCGUUCUCGCGGAGUCAGAGUCGGAGCUAUGUCUCGGAGUCAAGGAAGGACAACGCAAAGAUCGCCGACGCUCCCAUCGAGACUGCCAUCAAGCUCGACAAGAAGGAUUUUGAAAAGGCCGGCCUCGCCAUCAGCGGGCAGGAUGGCGGUAUGGCCGUGAGCCCCAUGGCUGAGGUCCUCAAGCAAGUAACAGUAAUGGAGGAGGGUCAGCGACCAAUCUAUCUCGACAUGCAGGCAACCACCCCCGUGGACCCUAGGGUGCUUGAUGCCAUGAUGCCCUUCUACACCGGCAUCUAUGGUAACCCCCAUUCCCGAACGCACGCCUACGGAUGGGAGAGCGAGAAGGCUGUCGAGGAAGCUCGGGAGCACAUUGCAAACCUCAUCGGUGCCGAGCCCAAGGAGAUCAUCUUCACUAGCGGAGCAACAGAGAGCAACAACAUGAGCAUAAAGGGUGUUGCCAGGUUCUGUGGCCGGUCAGGCAAGAAGAAGCACAUCAUCACCACGCAGACCGAGCACAAGUGCGUGUUGGAUAGCUGCAGGCAUCUGCAAGACGAGGGCUUUGAGGUCACGUACCUGCCCGUCAAGUCAACAGGCCUGGUCGACAUGCAGGAGCUCGAGGCCGCCAUCCGGCCCGAGACUGCGAUUGUCAGCAUCAUGGCAGUCAACAACGAGAUCGGCGUCAUCCAGCCCCUGGCAGAGAUUGGCAAGCUCUGCCGUUCCAAGAAGAUCUUUUUCCAUACCGACGCUGCGCAGGCUGUCGGUAAGAUCCCCAUGGAUGUCAACGCCAUGAAUAUCGACCUCAUGUCGAUUUCAUCGCACAAGAUCUACGGCCCCAAGGGCAUCGGUGCCUGCUAUGUCCGCCGACGCCCCAGGGUUCGUCUGGACCCCAUCAUCAGUGGAGGCGGUCAGGAGCGUGGCCUGCGAAGUGGCACGCUGGCACCUCCCCUGGUCGUGGGUUUCGGCGAGGCCUGCCGCAUUGCCAAGGAAGAGAUGGAGUAUGAUUCGAAAUACAUCAAGUCUCUGUCGGACCGCCUGCUCAAGGGUCUUCUCUCGCUCGAGCACGCCACCCAGAACGGUGACCCGGAGCACUUCUACCCCGGCUGCGUGAACGUGUCUUUCGCUUAUGUCGAGGGCGAGUCCCUGUUGAUGGCUCUCAAGGACAUUGCCCUUUCCUCGGGUAGUGCUUGCACUUCAGCCUCGCUCGAGCCCAGUUACGUCCUCAGAGCACUAGGCAACAGUGACGAGAGUGCUCACUCGAGUAUUCGCUUCGGCAUUGGCCGGUUCACCACCCAGGCCGAGGUCGACUACGUGUUGAAGGCCGUCACGGAGCGCGUGUCUUUCCUCCGAGAGCUCAGCCCGCUCUGGGAGCUUGUACAGGAAGGCAUCGACCUGGACAGCAUCCAGUGGUCACAACACUGA